CAAAGUCUGAUCCUCUAUAUAAAUACCCAAACCCCCUUAUUAAAUUAAACCCACAACUUUGCUUACAGCAUCCCAUUUUCUCCUGCUUUCUCAGGAGGAGGAAAUAUGAACAGGCCAGGAGACUGGAAUUGCAGGUCGUGCCAACACCUCAACUUCCAAAGGAGGGAUUCCUGCCAGCGCUGUGGAGAACCGAGACCCAGUGGCGACAGAGGCGAAUAUGGAAGUUUCGGUGGUAGCAGGAGCGGCUCAUCGUUCGGGUUCACUGGACCCGAUGUUAGGCCUGGUGACUGGUAUUGCACUGUGGGCAACUGCGGGGCUCACAACUUCGCUAGCAGAUCAAACUGCUUCAAAUGUGGUGCAGCCAAAGAUGAAUCGUCUGGUGGAUUUGAAGGUGACAUCCCACGUACGAGGGGUUAUGGCUUUGGCAGUGGCAGCUCUAGUCGCUCUAACUGGAAAUCUGGAGACUGGAUUUGCACCAGGUCGGGCUGCAACGAGCACAACUUUGCCAGCAGGAUGGAAUGUUUCAGAUGCAAUGCACCAAGGGACUCCACCCACAAAUCUUCAUACUAGCUAGUGAUUAAUAAAAUGAAAUCUUCAUUUUUGGGUACUGGUGCAGUCCCAGGAGAGAGAUCGAUGAGACAAGGCCAUCCCAGAUGUUGCUUUCUGUCUGUCUUUCUUCGUUUAGUUUGUUUGUUUGUUUAUGUUAGAUGUUUAGAUCAAUCAUGUUUGAAAGACUUGGGUUGAAGUACUUAAGCUAAAAUCAAAGUAUAUAGAGCAUGCAUGUAAUUGAUGUGAUGGUAUUUAUAUCAGUGUCUUUUAUCUUCCCUUUC